AUGACCCGAGAGACGAGAUCGAAAACGAAAGCCCGACAGGCCAAUGCUUGCCGACCGUCAAAUCACGUAGCAAGCGAGGCUGGCCAUCUCGAGACGGCGCCGGCCAUUCGACCACAUGCUCCUGCUAGCGGCAAACAAAAAGUCCACGAGCAGGUGACGCGAGAGCACGAUCAAGGGACGAACCUCGGUCAUGGCACCGCCGACUUCGACUUGGAUCUAGCAGAUGGGGGCCUUCACGACGCCACCCCAGCCGCACGACAGCCGCCGAAGGGUUCGCGAUUGGGAGCUCGAUCCGUGGCAACCACAAGUCCCCCGUUGCAUGCAGGAAGCGAUUCCGUAAGACGCCGAAAAUCGCACGAGAACGCACUGCCCCCGCUUUCCUCUGGGACGUCCGGGGGAGACAAUCUUCCCGAUGCAGUUUCGCUGCCUCUCGGACCGACUCUUGAAGAUACCCUUAGAUCAUGGGACGCUUCGGGGACCGACACGACGGCCCAACGCAGCUCACCCUUCCCCACAGAUCCCAUCGACGCUUGCUUUGGAUUCUCCGCCGGCAGGCUCCGUGGACGAGCCCAAACUCCAUGCACGGGCGGUGCUUUGCCGGGGUCACAACUUCCAGCGAGGUCGAACCAAGGCACCCCGCACCUACCCAUGGACGAGAUCUACGACGCCACGCCACCAUGCCGCGGAGGAACGCGUGAUGAAGCGACGACGACCAAAGCCUUGACGUGGCCGGCACCGUCACAGGUGGCCGACAUGCCCUCAUCCGUGACACUCACCGAACCUUUUCUGAUCCAGAACGAGUCGAAACCUCCUGCCAACCCCACCGGCCAGGGUCCAUCUCGGACCAGACAUGAUCGUGCCGCAAAGUCGACGGCGAGACGGGACAGCUCCCAGGCUCUUGGCCAGGCAUCGGCAAGACAGCGCCGAGCCGGCACGUGGCUGCCAUCGUCCGAAGCUGUCCAGGAUCCGUUCAAGGCAUCGAAAGCGGUCGGAGGAACAAAGCGAAAGCAAAGGCCAAAGUCGAGCUUACCAUAUGAUGAGAGCACCGGUUUGUUCAUGCCAAAGCCUGCAAAGGUUUGUGAGCAGGUGAAGGCUCACGGAGGCUCGCUUCGAUGGUCAAACUCUCCGCCCGCCGUUUCUCGGCAACGGGCGGCCCCGACAGAUGGAGACAUGGCAAGAAAACGCAAGAAAAUAACAAUAGACGAGUCGCCAAGCGGACCCUGCCAUGCAGUCAAGGCCAGCCCAAGUGCCGGCAACCCCUCGACGCGCUCGGCACAGGCAUCGAGCAGGGGCAAGCAAGCGAGGCAGCAAGGUAAACAGUCUCCGUCUCACACGCCGCCGGACCCCGAGCCAAAGCGUGACGUGUAUCUGGAUGCCAUACUCUUUUCCACCGACAGCAGUUAUUCAUCGUCUCCGAAGACGGUGCCGGCCGAGGGGAUCCGAAAGAAUGGCGUUCGCAGAGGCUCCACCGAAGAGCGGGCGGCAGAGUCGACGACGAGAAACGACAUGACCUUUCUCCAGAGACUUUGCAGCACGGUCAAGUUGGCCAAGAUGUUUGCCGGGAUUUUCGGUUCCGGGGACUCGCUGGCUGCCAUGGAGGACAUUUCGAUGAAAAUGAAGACGGUGAGGUGGGGCGACGUGGCUCCAUCGGCGGAUGCAUCCCCGGCAACAUCUACGGGCGGAACAAACGAAGGGAAGCAUGCCGGGAGAGACAAUUCGACGGAUGACAAGGCCAGCAGCCCUUUGAAUCUCGUCGUGCGUGACAGCAGUCCCAAACCAUGCCGGUCAGCAGGCGAGGCAGCAAAGCCUGCGAGGCGAGUUGGGCGCCGGGAGCAACGCCAGCCAAGCGCGGAUGGCUCGUACAUGUUGGUGGAAGAGUCCAACGCGAGCUUGAAAAUCCUCUCCCCGGGAUGGCAUGUGCAGGCACUCAACAUAUCCCUGUGUCGUCCCACACGGGCCUCCCAGGCGGAAGGAACAGCGAUGGAGAAGACAGUCGAGGACUGA